ACAUCCAGGUAGGAGGUGAUCGAUUAGUCAGGUCUGCGCAGGUGGUUUCGGUCUGAACUAGUAAACAGAAGAGUUUCGUUCGGUUUCUGACCGCUGUGGGGCGUUUUUGUUUCCACAGGUUGUAAAUCCUACAAACAAUGAUCCGUGUCGAACUUUUACCGACGUAAUUAGAGAUCAGACAGCUGUUUGUGACUGUUGGUUUCCUGAUUCCAGAGUCGAGCUGUGGACGCGCUGCUCGUGAACUCGGGCCGUGUUUAACACCACAUUUACACACGAGAUGAUCGGAUAACAACUUUUUGUUUACUGUUGGCUGUGUUUGUCGCUUCCGGCGCACAGGUGAACGGAUGAUCAUGUUGUUUCAUGUGUUCAUUCUGUUUCACCUGCUGCCCUUUGGACACGGAGCGUGCAUGACCCCACGCAAAGAACACGGAGCUCACGAUCAGAGAGUGUUCUUGGGUGACGGAGAUGCAAACUCGUACCUGGGGCGCCACCUGCUGUUCAACCGGUUUGAUUUCGAGAUGUUCGUUCCCGGAGAUCUGGAGAGAGAGUGUUACGAAGAAGUCUGCAACUACGAAGAAGCACGAGAGGUCUUCGAAAACACGCAGGCGACGGAUGACUUUUGGAAGAAAUACACUGAAGAUAAUGUUAAAGGUCCCUCACGACUAGAUGUGACGUCUCUUUUGGUGGGCUUGAUUGCUGCAGGAGUGGCGGUUGUUAUUGUCGGACUUCUGCUCUGGUAUUUCUGUCAAGGCAAAUUCAAGGAUGGCUUCAGUCGUGCCAGUUCCGUUCGGGUGCGACCAAGGAGGAGUAACGCCUCCUUGAUUAUGCAAAGGCUGGAGGAGGUCUCCCUGCAGCCUGUGCGUCCGCCAGCAUCUCAACCCCCUGUGGAUAACUUAGAUUCCCCGGGACUGCCCUCCUAUGAGCAGGCCAUUGCAGUUAGUGGCCAUCAUGAUGCGCCACCGCCUCCCUAUCCUGGCUCACCUACUGGAAGUACUCGGCGUUAGUACCCCGGGGAUUAAAAUAGCUGCACAACGUCAAGCUGGCAGUAUACAAGUUGCGUUUGAGCUGUGUUGUAUUUUACAUUCUGUGCAGUUUUUUUUUUUUUUUCAUCCGUCGGAGCUCUCAUAUUUGCAUGUCCCGUUUUUGUAUGUUUUCUGAUUCUUAUCUUGCAUCUUUUUAAAAAUACUGUAUCUGAUUAUGAUUUGUGCUUACUUGUGCUGAUGGCACAAGGUAUGUUCACAUUUGUGUCUUUUGUGUGCCCCCCCCCCUUCUCAGACAUGACCAUGCUUUACCUUUAUGAAAACUCUCCUGGAUAAAAAAAAAAAAAAACUUUCAUAUACUUUGUCCAAUUUGCUUCUCUUUAUUUGAGUGAAUGAAGAAGAUUCCGUAAUGUUGGACAGGAGAAGCUGUAUUUGCUUCAUUCAAAUUAUCAGCUGCAGUGACCUGAAUAUAACUGUUUUGACAUUAGACAUUUGACAGAUCUUUUUUUUUAAGAAAUGUUGAGCUGAUUUCACGUUAGAUUUAGGUCACUUGUGUGUGGUUGUACAGCUGAUUUGCAUCUGAUCUCUGCUAGUGUGCCCGCUGUGAGAUCGUUCACGUCAGCCACAACAUGCCCUAUCAGUGUGCUUUUCACAGGUUUCAAUAUUAGACAUCAAGUCAAGUCUGGAGAAUAUGCUGGUGCUGUGACAACACAUCAUGGAACUGCUCUGGGUCCUGAAUGGCAACCAACCAUCUGACACAGCCAGGUGAAACUUGGGCAUCCUCUUGGCCUUCUCCAGCCACCUCAACACUGACUCACCUGUGUGCUGGAUCAUCCUCUGAGAAACGUGCCACAUGGCCAAAAUGUCAUAGCUGACAUUCCUUCACCAUGGAAGUGAUACUCCUCACCUUACUUUUCCUAAGUAGCCACUCAUUUGACACCAUGUCACUCCAGCAGUACCCAAUGAUCCUCCAGACAGACCGAGUAGUAAAGGUGUUUCGUCAUCACCUUAGGUCACUGGUUAGCAUCCAGGUCUUACAACCAUAUAGUAAGACAGGUAGCGCAAGGACCCAAAAGACCUGUACCUUUGUUCCCCUGCAAAGAUAUCUGUAUCACCAAAAACAGCUCUGUUCAGCGACCUCAUGACUCUAUAAGCUCUUCCCAAGCAUCUGAGGAUCUCAAGGCUGAAGACCCAGAGACAUGAAGGUCUGUACAAGUUCAACACUUUUGACACAUACAGAUGUACCUCUGAUGGUUGAGUCCAGGAAGUCAUUGAAAGCCUGGAUCUUAGCCUUGACAAUCCCAAACCAAGACACUGAUUCCUCACCGAGCUUCUCAAGUGUAUCAGAGUGUCCAAAGAUCAUAGAAUUGUAUGCGACAUCAAUGUCAAUAAUCCUUUCCUCGUGAGCAAAGGCACCUAAGCCGCUGGUUUCCACAACACUACCCAACACCCAGUCCAUAUAAGCACUGGACAGUGUACGAGCCAUAACACAUUAUUAGAGAUGAUUCACUUGAAUGUGUGGUCCUAGAUUGGUGUGGAAUCGUCACAUCAGGUCCAGGUGCCUUCCAAGUUUGAAUGUGUGUCCAGACAAAAAUAUAUUUGAUGGUGGGACUCCAGUUGAGGUCACUGUAGCUGGUAAUGGUCACACAUUGCAAAUUACAGCGAUUAAAAAUGUCAUUGAGGUGUGACUGCUCACAUCAUGUAGAUAAGUGCUCACAGCAAGAUUGGUAUUUGUUUCAUUACAGGAUAAGUAUUACACUUGAAGCAAUACAGAUGUGUGUAGUCACACAUCCCAUUAUCUCCUUCUGAAGGAAAACUAACAGCAAAACUUUUUUUUUUUUUUUUUUUUUAAGGAUAAAUGUUUUGGAUGCACUGGUGUAAUUGCUUUAAAGCUUUUUUUUUUUUUUUUUUUGUCUGUGUGUCUGUUUCCUGCAGCUUUGUGGAGCUGUACUUGUCACUUUAACAGUAGAUUACCUGCAGUCCAUUGGGGUGCUGAUGUGUAAUUGUCAUUCAGUGAUUCACUAAGAGAGCUCACAUUUUACAAGUCAUUAAGCUUUUAUAACUCAUGGAGUUUCUCUGAAUUUUUUUGAGGGCUGGGUUUGUUGAAGGUUGAUCCAGAGCACAUCCUGGUCCAUAUUUACUUGAAAUUUUCAAGAUUGUUUAUAUUUAAAUUAAUAAAAAUUACAUUUUAAU